AUGGCUCCUGCAUCCAAUUCUCAAUUGGGCGAAUCCUGGGUGGUGGAGGAUGAAGGCGAUGAGAGGAUCAGUUGGGACGAACGUUCUGCAGAAUCGGAAUCCGACAGAGAACUGAAGGUUGCUGUCCAUAAUGACGAGGAACCAAAAAAGACGAAAGUCAUACGAGAGAGACGCAAGUCUCCCAGAUUGUCCACGCCGACAGCACGAGAACCAGAGUUCAUCAUGCCAUCCUUCGCAACAAGUAUCAAUCCAUCGGAGAAGGUCGCCCGGAGGGGGAAACCACCUGGCAGGCCAAAUGUCGCUUCAUCGAAGCAGCAGGCAACAUCAGCACGCUCGGACCAAUUGAGGCAGACACAAACACACAACAGAACGACAUCGCCAGUGGUGGAUAAGAUCGUCCUAGUUCUGGUGCAUGCUACUGAAUGGCUUCUCGAUAUCCUAGGGCAGACGCUGAAGACCUUGAAGCGGCCCAUAUCUUGGCUGCUUGCGGCAUAUCUCUUCUUCGGCAUCUUGAUGCUUGUGCAAAAUCUCCUAACCAGCUCCAUCUAUACGGCUCUGUCCCCCAUAUGUCGUAUUCCUGGCGUCUCUCUUCUCAAUCUUCGACUCUGUCAAUUUGCCUCACCACAUAACGACAACCCGACUCUUCCAGCUGGAGCAUCCGCUCCCGUCGAGUUCGACGCUCUUAUGAAGACGCAAUCUCACUUUGAAGACAUUUUAUCUGAAUCUGCCGCAGGUGUUUCGUUACCCUUGGACAUGAAAAGAUCGGAGACCUCGAUUCGCGAUCUACGGCAGAUUGUGCGGUAUUCACAGCUCGCCUCACGCAACGAGAUGGUUCUCGAAUUUGAUGGGUUCAUCGAGACCGCUCGUAUAGCAUCAUACGACCUUCAGAAAUUCAAUUCACACGUUGGCCGCGGGGUGGACAUUGUUCUGAGCACAGCGCGUUGGACGCAACGCGUGCUCGAUGACAUGGCGGUCAAGCAAUCUUCCCGAGGCAUCAUCCCGGGCUUCAUACAAGACAAACUUCUGGCCCCUUUCAAACCGAUACAAUUCACCGAGGCAAGGCUUCUCGACCAAUACAUCUCUCACACACGGAUAGUGUCCGAAGAAAUCGAGCGUCUGAUCGAAGAGGCCCAAGCUUUACUCAUGGUCCUGCAGAAUCUCGAAGACCGGCUCGACGUAAUACACGCAAUCGCGCUGCACGACAACCUCGCCGCACAGGCCAGCAAGGACGAGAUCCUCUCGCACCUGUGGACUUUGUUGGGCGGCAACCGUGCCAAGCUGGGAAAGUACAACAACCAACUGACUCUUUUGAGACAAGUCGGGCAGUAUCGAAAAGUAGCAUGGGCGCAUGUCUCUGCCACGAUCCUCAAGCUGCAGGCCAUGGGUGCCGAGCUGGAGGAACUGCGGACCAGAGUCUCGAGCGCCGAAGUGUUGAGAGGCCACAAAGAGAUCCCGCUGGCGGUGCACGUCGAGAAUCUACGGUUGGGCGUGCAGCGACUCGAAGAGGGUAGGGAGAAUGCCAGACGGCUCGAGCAAGGCCAUAUCAGACGGGUUAUUGAAGGGUCAGAGCAGGGAAAUAUUAUGGCGUUGGGAGAUUCUUGA